AUGGCAGCUUCGGCAAGUAGGACUUCGACACUCAGUCUAGGCCCAUUGCCUACACGGUUGCGUCAGAUUGCCUUGGUUACGAGAGAUCUCGAUCGUGCAAGACAGGUACUUACAAACGUUAUAGGCACGGAUGUUAUUUACGAAGACCCUACUGUUGGUCAGUGGGGGCUAAAGAACUUCCUGAUUCCACUAGGUGGUGACAUCAUUGAGGUUGUCUCGCCCUUCAAGGAUGGCACCACAGCGGGUCGCUUGCUCGACAAGCGCGGCGAUGGCGGCUACAUGAUCAUCAUGCAGACUGAGGAUGCAAAUGUGCGGCGGCAUUACAUUGAAUCGAAAAGGUUGGCCAAGGUGAUUACCAGUCAUGAGCAUGGCGAUACUGUAUUCGUGCAGUAUCACCCUAAGGGUAUCAAGGGCGGCAUGAUGCCAGAGCUCGACAGCCACACACCAAGUCCGAAUAACCCUACGCCCCUCAAAUCACGAUUCUCGCCAUGGCACGCAUGCGGCGCAGACUACAAGACGUACUACCCCGGAAUGAGACGAUCCGCACACCUCUCGCUGGAUGGUUGUAUACUACGGCUGCAGCCUGACGAUUACGGACAUGAGGCAGCUGCUCAACAAUGGGAGGAAGUCUUUGGAGUUGCGAGGAGCCGAGAUCUGCUGGCCUUCACGAACGCCAGGAUGGGCUUCGUUCCUGGCCAAAAAGGACGUCCAGAAGGUCUGAUCUCGAUUACGGUUGGUGUGAAAGGGCAGGAGGAUCUUGCCGCUAUCCUAGAAAGAGCAGAGAAAGCUGGUGUCUGCAAUGACGGACAUGUGGAUAUGUGUGGACUUCGAUGGAACUUCGUCCUGACAGGACAUGAAGACUCCAAGCUAUAG